AUGGCACAACCCCCCGAAUUCAACACGUCCCUGACGUACACCGCUCCGGAAUCACUACCACAUCUCACACAUACUCCACUCCCAACACUUGGGCCUGGCGACCUCCUGAUCAAAAUUCAUGCCGCAGCCAUCAACCCCGUAGACAUCCAACUCUGGGGCAAUCCCCUCAUCGGCUAUGUUGCUGGACGCAAAGAGAAAGGCGUCGGCCGCGACUACUCGGGCACUAUCGUCGCGCUCGGCUCUUCUCUCCAGGACAGCGAGAACUGGAGAGUGGGAGAUGCGGUGUUUGGCCUGUGCAGUAGGCCACUGGGCGAAGGCACGUUUUCGCAGUACUUGAAAAUCUCACCUGCGACGGAGCCGAUAAGCAAGAAACCGACAGCCUGGACCUUUGAAGAGGCCGCCUCCGUGCCGCUUGUUGUGCUCACGGCGUUCUCGUGUUUGGACUGGUUGCCUAGUUCGAGGCAGAGCCCCAAUGGAGAGACGCGACGUGUGAUUGUGAGCGGUGCGAGUGGCGGUGUGGGAAUGUGGUGUGUCCAGCUCGCAAAGAAACUGUACAGAUGCCACGUCACUGGGAUAUGUUCUGGACGGAAUGCCGAAUUUGUGAGGGGUUUGGGCGCAGAUGAGGUCAUUGAUUACAGUCAGCAGGACGUUGCGAGAACAUUGCUCGAUGGGAGGCCGGAAGGCAGGAAGGACGAUCUGUAUGUGGACUGUGUCGGUGGGACAGAGAUGUUUGCGCAUUGGCAUGAUAUGCUGCAUAAGACCGGAGCUUACAUCACGAUUGUGGGAGAUAAAACGAGUCGAACUGCUAUGGGCGGACCAUUGACAUACUUCACGUAUCCGUCACAGAUCUGGAGGUAUGUUUAUGGGUAUUUUUCUGGGCCAAGGUAUGCAAAUGUGCUCUUGUAUCAGAAGAGCGAACUGUUGGAGCAGGUCGCGGAGCUGGCGGAUAAACAAGACGUUGAAGUGGUGGUGCAAGAUGUGGUCAAGGGUAUAUUGAGUGAAGAAGGGCACAAGGAAGCAUGGGAGAAGGUUAGGCGAUAUAUGGUGGAGGGAAGGGUACGAGGAAAGAUUGUUGUUAGCACUACAUAA